AUCCGAAAAGAAGAGAAAGCGUACCUUAUGAUACUAACCAAUGAGAAUCGUCGUUUGAUAUAAGAUCGACCAAUGAAUACAAUUGGCGCGUCGAUUGUUGCGUGCCUCUCCCGAUUUAACGAAGUACCGACCUUGGUUGUGAUUGGUCAGUAGUACGGAAGGCGCCUCGAAGGUGUUCAGAAAAAGGCAUCGGGGCCAUAGCGCGCUUUCGUGUCGCCCAUUGUUAUCCUCGUCGCGUGUAAUGGCUACCGCAAAGUUUGUUGACGGUGAAGAGCCUGUAUUGUCGCGUCUGACGUUACCCUGAGGUAAAGUUAAUAAGUGGUUAACGGGCGUGAUCAUAAUUCAAUUAAAAACGGGUAAACUUUCGUGCAAGAUAAUAGCACGGUACCGCCAAUUUUUAUGACACCGAGACGCCCGCGCUUCGUACAGGACUCGCCGCAGCCGCCACCGCGCUACUUGGGACGACAUGAUCUGCGCGGGCCAACGUUUAGUUCAGUGACAAACGUGUGAUAUCUAGGCGCGAAAUAAAUCUAUUAUAAGAAAUAACGGUUGAAGGAAUAAGAGGCUACAUUUAUUUAAGGGAUAUUGUUAAUAGUGCAAGCCAAUAGGGACAUACAAGUUUUGAAUGUGCUGAAAGAAAAUAUCUAGUGUGUGCCCCUGUGUACGACCGUCAUCGAUCUCUCUCACUCACUCUCUCCCCCCUCUCUUUCUUUCUUUCUUUCACUCACUUACUCCAUCUAUCCUUGUCGCUCAUUCGCUCACUCGCUUACUCGCUCCAUCUUUCUCUCUCUUCCUAUAUCUUUGACUCACUCUCUCUCUCUCUCUCUCCACCAUAAGCACACUCGUCUUUCCUUCCUUCUCUCGCUUGCUCCCAUUCUCGCGCGCGUCCACGGAGUCAUAAAAUAAUGCAAAAAUUAUCGUUUUUGUGAAUGCAUAUAAGGUAUAGUUAGUCGAAAGUUGAUAAAACUUAAUAAUCGGCGUUAAGAGGCUUAACGGCGAAAAGGAACCACGCGCCGCGUCGUCCAGCACCGCCACCGCCACCGUUACCGCCGCCAACACCACCGCCAACACCACCGCCACGACCACCGACACCGCCGCCGUCAUGGCAACUAGAAGAUCGUCGCCCGCCCGGCAGCCGGACGUUUAACCCGUGCGCCGUCUCUAUAUGACCAUAGCACGGUCUAAGGCAUCACAUCAAUGGCCCUAGAAUCAAAUGGCAACAACGUGGUCUGGUUGAAUGCAACCCGUCCUGAUCAAAUACAGCAGGUAUACGCAGCACAACCAAUCUAUCGAACAACCAUUGAAGUGUUCCAUGUUCACUCAAACUGAACAAACCAACAGUUUCACUCAAACGGAGCAAAGUAAUUCUAGUUACGGAGAUCAAAGACAGCAAGCAGCAAUGUUUGACCCACAACAAAUUCAACAGCAGCAAGCUGCACAGGGUCAACAGUCGCAGCAGCAGCAGUCCCAGCAAAUGUAUGUUACGGAUAAAAAGGAAGACAAGUCGCAGCAGCAAUCGGCUACGGCCGAAUUUCCUUUUUACUAUAAUGUCAACAUGCUUCAAAAAGUCCAGACAAACGCAGUUAGCACAAUAGGUGCUAUAACAACGGAUGAUAAAGGUUGUUACCGUUUCGAUGUACAGCCUGUUGGCUAUAAUACAUUAUUAAAUCAGAUGAGUAUAGCUGCUGCUACAAAUGCAACUUUUAAAUGUGAUAUAUGUGGUCUGGUGUUCGGUCACAUGAGUUUAUUAACUCAUCAUAAACGGAUUCACAACACUACACCAAGUAAUUUGCAACAACAACCGCAACAAGUUGUCGUACAAACACCAACGACAGUGACUGUAGCCACAACACCAGAAAGACCCUAUACUUGUGAUGUGUGUGGAGCUUGUUUUGCACUGCCUGGGGAAUUGAAAAGUCACAAAACAAAUAUGCACCAAAAACCUAAAGUGCAAAUAUGUGAAGAUUGUGGUAGUGAAGAUCCGUGCGAACAUCAUCCCACAAAAAUCAAAAAGACAAUUAAACCUGGUCACCAUCCAGUAAAACGAAGGGGUGUUACAAGUGUUACCAAAUGUCAUAAAUGUAAUGGCACUGGGAUUAUAUUUAUUGGUAAACACGACGAAAAACUAGAUUCUGGAAUCAGUUCCCUCGCAAAGUGUGGCGGCUGCAAGGCAACAGGCCGCAUCAUCAUAGGAAGUGGCAAACAAAACAGUCAGAACCAAGCGGAGAAGCCAUUUCACUGUAAUGUAUGUGAUGGUACAUUCUCCCGGUAUUCUUCACUUUGGUCUCAUAAGCGGUUGCACUCGGGUGAUAAACCAUUCAAGUGCGAAGUCUGUGGUUUAGCUUUUGCAAAAGCUGCUUAUUUGAAAAAUCAUGGACGAGUACACACAGGCGAAAAACCAUUUAAAUGCACUGUAUGUGGGAUGCAAUUCUCACAGAGUCCUCAUCUAAAAAAUCAUGAAAGAAUUCAUUCUGGCGAACGCCCUUAUCAAUGCGAGGUUUGCGAAAAAACAUUUGCCAGACAUUCGACACUAUGGAAUCAUAGGAGAAUUCAUACCGGCGAAAAACCUUACAGAUGUAACAUCUGUGGUUCUGCCUUUAAUCAAGCGACGCACCUAAAAAAUCAUGCGAAAGUACAUACUGGUGAAAAGCCACAUAGAUGUGAUAUAUGCGAGAUUGGAUUCUCCGACCGUUUCGCGUUAAAACGACACCGUGCAAUUCAUGAGAAGUACGGUCAAACUGCUCGAAAUCAGAAUACAAAUAAUCCGAGUAAUGCACAACAAACCAAUGCGAGUAGUCAACAGCAGCAGCAACAGCAACAACAGCAGCAACCCCAGCAAGGGCAACAAGGGCAACAAGUUGUUGUAGUGAAUGCAACAACUCCAGUUACUGUCAGUCAGGGUCAGGGUCAAGCAGUCAUGCUUGAAGAAGUCUACAAAUGUCAAGUGGCCUUCCCAGAACCCAAAUGAUUCAGCUAGAGAAUACCUUUCAGGAGUUGGUAAAGAAAAAAAGAAAUAACAAGGUUAUUUAAUGACCUUAUUAACGAACUAAAUUACUGGAUUAUGCAGAAAGAUUAUGCGUGUAAGAAUAUGAUGUAAGGAUUAAUCGAACGAAGACUACAAGAAAAACAUUCAGUGUUUCUUGUGAAAAUAUUAACACGUUGGUGAUGACUAUGACGACUCAGGUCUUAUAAAAAUCAAUGCCCAUUGACUUUUACGUAGGUGUAUAGUUUAAU